CUCCAAUCAUCAUCUGCCGGGCGCUCGUGCAUGCCGAGAAUUCAACAUCUGACCUAGGACUGUUGUAAGGCUCUGCACCAGCAUCAGAACUGUAGUCAAGGCAUCAUGCGCUGGAAACGGCUGAAAGUGGAACGCCGGCAACCCUUCGGCUCGAUCCCCAAAUAUGAGUAGGGCAUCUUGUAUAUAACUUGCUUGAUCUUCCUCGGUCUUGUCCAGUCUUUUCUCCUCCAGGCUCAAGAGAUCAGCAGACGACCUCCUCUCACAGUUGCAAGCCCAGACCGCAUACGCCCUCGACGCUUCACGGAAAGACCUGGCAUACUCCUUUGUCUACACUCCCUUUACCCUCACGACAUUCAAGAGUACUUCAACCGUCCAAAAUGGCCUUCAUCAAAAAUGCCAUUCUCGCCCUCGCCGCAACGGCAUCGCUUACAACCGCGGCCGUCAUUGCUCCUCGCGAGGGAGUGGCCUCUAACGAGACCACUGUCGCCAGUGAGAGCCGUGUCUCCGAAAAGACUGGUGUCUCCAUCAUGUCAGCACCGCAGUGGUACUCCGGUCCUUGGUACAACUACCCGACCAACUGGCUCGGCUGGGAGGACCUUUGGCAGCGUAACGAUGACAUGAUCAGGCUGACGGGCUCGACCUGGGACGAUGUCGGCCGCAUCAACGUUGCUAUCUGGGAGGCCUCUAAUCAAUACAGCGUCGAUCCAAGGGUGAUCUUGGUCAUUAUUAUGCAGGAAUCGCACGGGUACGUCGGCGUGCGCACCACCUACUCGUACCAGGGCAUCCCGACAGCCGGCCUCAUGCAGUGCUCAGGCUGCGCCGGUUUCCCGGGCCAGACCAACCUCCCGCAGGAGUGGACUACGGAGAUGAUCAUGGGCGGCACUGCUCACUUCAGGGGCAACCUGGACAACUGGGGUGGCAACGGUUGGGAGGCUUGGUGCGUGUACCCUGCUCUGCGCGAGUACAACAGCGGCCAGGUCAACUGGAACGAUCUGAGCGACCCACUUGGCGCCACUCCCGAGUACGUCAGCGACGUUUCCCAGCGCCUCGGUGGCUGGUACGACUAAGGACUUGCUACAAGAACAGCAUGCACUGCGUCCUUAGGCGGUGCGGACAAGAAACGGACUCCAGAAAUGAGAGGUCCCCUCCCCUUCU